AUGAAGGCACUCGCGAGCGAGAUGAUCAACAAAUGUGCCAACUGUACAUACCAGUGUUUCGAUUCGUAUAUGCAGCGGGCGCGCAGGACAACCGAUUAUGUUCUGCCAUCGGAAGUUUGCGUUAUGAUUAAUGUGAUUUUUUCAUCAAAAUCUCGAGCGACCAAAUUAACAAUGGAUUCUGGCGAGUAUAAAUAUCACUCGAAAUUGGAUGAAACGUUGGAAACAAUGCUUAAAGAUAUGGAAACUUGCAUUGAGGAUAAGCUUUUGUCAGUCCUGGAUUAUGUUCUUUCUCGGCUGGCACGCUAUGACGAAGGCAAUCCCAUUGGUGCUAUCCUUUCAAUUGCAGUAAGUCUUCGUCUUCUAAGAUUUCCAGUGAAAAACAUUUUUUAUUUUGUACUUUUUCUAGUAAUGAGUUGA